UAAAACUUUCGUGUGGUCAUUCUUUACGAGGGGAAUGCCGACUUCUUUACGCAGAUAAAACUGACAUUAUGGAAGCCGCGAUGCAAGCGGCAAAGUGCAUUGGUCCUUGCCGAGCAAAACUCGUUUGCGGUCACCGUUGCACCGCACGCUGUCACGAAUGCCAGACGAGCGGACUCCAUUCAGUCUGCGCCCAACGCUGUAAUCGUGCUCUUAUAUGCGGGCAUAUGUGUGAAGCCAAAUGCACUAAAGUGUGCCCUCCGUGCAAGAAACCUUGCGGAUACCAAUGCUCACAUCAAAAGUGUUCAGCAUCAUGUGGCGAUGAAUGUUUCAUGUGCACGGAAACCUGUGGCUGGAAAUGCCAGCACAUGAAAUGCAGUCAUCCCUGCUACGAAUUUUGCAAUCGGGAACCUUGUGACGAGCCUUGUCACGAAAUCUUACCUUGUGGUCAUCAAUGUGACAGCGUCUGCGGUGAAAAUUGCCCGCCAAAAUGUUUGUCUUGUUCUGGUAAAAAAAUACCAAACUUCAAUCAGAGAUCCAGGUACAUUUAUCUGGAAUGCGGUCACUGGAUCGAAGUGAAAGAAAUGGACGAGUGGGUGAAUCGAAAGGAUGAGAGUGAAGAGCCCAUCCGCCAAAUCCGUUUCCCUUCGUGUCCGCAGUGCAGAAAGGUGAUCCGACAGUGUUUCCGCUAUGGUGACCAAAUCAAAGCCUUUUAUUUGGAUUUGAUUGGCAUAAAAUGGGUCUAUGUCAAGGAUGAAACGAUCCGCAUUGUCGAAAAAGUUAAGCAAGCACUGAACAAAUGGAAACCGCCAAUAGCGGAAACAGAAGAUGACGACCGCAUCAAAUCGACUUUUCUUCGUCUUACGUCUCUGUCUAAUUGCAACAAUUUGAAUAGCGACCAACGUUGGGAUCUCAUUUAUCGGAUUCAGUUAAUCUACCUAAUGUCGUGUAUAGUGAACGAUUCAAAGAAGAAAUACGCGAUGAAAAAUAACAGAAAAAAGGAAGAGUUUACUCUAAAACAGUCAUCAGUGGAACACAUUGUGUGCGAGAUUUCCAGCGCAUUCCUCUACAUGGAGAAAAAUUCGAAUUCUGGAUAUGGAUACUAUUUCGACUUGUUCAUUGCCUUGAAACGGAUGGAUUUGUAUCGACAAUACUACGCUGUGAAUUCUCUGUCGGAAAGACUCCCGAAAUCCAGUCGCGUCAAUCAGAGGCAACUAGAGAAAGUCGCCAAUCUACUAAACAACAAUCAAAGAUUGACCAAUGCUGAAGAAAAUUUUCUUGUCAAUUGGUUCGAAGAAAAAUCGGCUUUUUACGGGAUUAAUUUGACCAGUUCAUUCAAUCGUGCUAACGUCCAGCUCGUACAACGGCUAGACAUGAGCAAUGAUACGUGGUUCAAGUGCACUCGAUCUUUUUGCGAGGCUGUCUUCUCUAAAACUUGCGACAAAAAAUGUCCCGAAUGUUUGGACGAGCUUGAGGCUUGAUUCAGUUAAGUUUUUUUAUUAUUGUUUAAGUUGUUUAACUGCGGCAGUUCCAUUUGCUUUAUGUUUAAUCAUUUACUGCUCAUUUUAAGCGCAUUAAGUCUACCAAGAUAAUCGAAUACAGAUACUUUGAUGAACCUUUG